GGGGGAGGCCCGAGCCCGGCCCUUCCCCUGGCCCCCGCGCCCCGAGGAUGGCAGCGCUGCCCGCACGAGUGGCUGGCGGCGGUGUCCCUCCUCUUUUUUUUUCCGGCAGCAGCAGCGGCGGCGGCAGCGGCGGCGGAGGAUCAUUGUUGUGUGGGAGGAGGGCGGUGGGGAUGGACUUGGUCUCCCGGGUCUCCUGCUAAGGCGGCAGCACAGCGCGCCCCGCCGCCCAGCCAGCACCCGCCAGGGCCGAGCCGCGGCGAGCAGGGAGGGACUGGCACCCCACCCGCUACCCCGGCUGCUUUAUUUUUAGGGGGCUCUGCUGCUCCUCUCCUUCGCCCUCAACCCCCCCACCCUUCGCCGCUCGCACACACGCACAGGGACACGCACGCACCCUCCUCUUCUGCCCUUUCAUCCUUCCCCCCCCGCCGUCCUCCCGCGCCCGUCUCCCGCCGCGGCAGAUGCGCUGGGGGUCACCGCGCAGCUGGGACUAUGGUGAAAUUUCCAGCGCUCACUAACUACUGGCCCCUGAUCCGUUUCCUAGUCCCUCUCGGGAUCACCAACAUCGCCAUCGACUUCGGGGAGCAGGCCUUAAACAGGGGCAUUGCUGCUGUCAAAGAAGAUGCUGUGGAAAUGCUGGCCAGCUAUGGGCUGGCAUACUCCCUGAUGAAGUUCUUCACGGGUCCGAUGAGUGACUUCAAAAAUGUAGGUCUGGUGUUUGUGAACAGCAAGCGAGACAGGACCAAAGCAGUUUUGUGCAUGGUUGUGGCAGGCGCUGUAGCUGCUAUAUUUCAUACCUUAAUAGCAUAUAGCGAUUUGGGGUAUUAUAUUAUUAAUAAGCUGCACCAUGUGGAUGAAUCAGUGGGAAGUAAAACUCGGAGGGCCUUCCUUUAUCUUGCUGCCUUCCCUUUUAUGGAUGCCAUGGCCUGGACCCAUGCUGGGAUUCUGCUGAAACACAAGUACAGUUUCCUAGUGGGAUGUGCCUCCAUCUCAGAUGUCAUAGCUCAGGUUGUUUUUGUAGCCAUUUUGCUUCACAGUCACUUGGAGUGCAGGGAGCCUCUUCUCAUCCCCAUCUUGUCCUUAUACAUGGGAGCACUUGUCCGAUGUACCACAUUAUGCCUCGGAUACUACAGGAACAUACAUGAUGCCAUUCCUGACAGAAGUGGGCCUGAAAUGGGGGGAGAGGCUACAAUAAGGAAGAUGCUGAGUUUCUGGUGGCCUUUGGCAUUAAUUUUGGCAACUCAGCGAAUAAGUAGGCCCAUUGUCAACCUUUUUGUCUCCCGCGACCUAGGUGGCAGUUCUGCAGCCACAGAGGCAGUGGCAAUUCUGACAGCAACUUAUCCUGUGGGACACAUGCCCUAUGGCUGGCUGACAGAGAUCAGAGCAGUAUACCCUGCUUUUGACAAGAAUAACCCCAGCAAUAAAUUGGUGAACACCAACAGCACUGUCACAGCGACACAUAUCAAGAAGUUCACUUUUGUUUGCAUGGCGUUGUCCUUAACGCUCUGUUUUGUGAUGUUUUGGACACCAAAUGUGUCAGAGAAGAUUUUAGUGGACAUAAUUGGAGUAGACUUCGCUUUUGCAGAGCUGUGUGUUGUUCCUUUGCGCAUCUUCUCUUUCUUUCCACUUCCAGUGACUGUCAGAGCACACUUGACUGGUUGGCUGAUGACUCUGAAGAAGACAUUUGUGUUGGCACCCAGCUCAGUGCUGCGGAUCAUCGUCCUCAUCGCUAGUCUCAUUGUGCUGCCUUACUUAGGAGUUCAUGGAGCCACCCUUGGAGUAGGAUCACUUCUAGCUGGUUUUAUAGGAGAAUCCACCAUGGUUGCAAUAGCAGCCUGUUAUGUCUAUCGGAAACAGAAGAAGAAGCGGAAUGAGAAUGAAGCGGCUGCGGAAGGUGAAGACUCUGCAAUGACUGACAUGCCUCACAUAGAGGAAAUGACAGACAUCGUAGAAAUGAGAGAAGAGAAUGACUAAUAAAUGGGAUGCAAUUGUUCUCUGCAGGGACGAUUGGAGUGACACUUCAGCAUCUUGUCGUCUCUCAUACUUUUUUGUUUGUUCGUUUUUAUUUUUGUAAUAAAGAGGCCUUGAUUUAAAAGGUUUCAGAUAAAUUCUCUAGCAUACUGAGUAUGCUCUCACUGAUGAGGGACCUAAAAAGAGGUCUUCGCUUGCUUUUCUGUUGUUUUCUUUUUUUUUUCAAUUGAAUUUGUUUCCUCACUCCAUGCAAACAUGAAAGAUACAAUUGCAUCACUGUAGAGUCUUCCUUACUUAUGCAUCCACCUUCUCUGGACAAUCUGCAUUUGUCAACCAAAGCCCUGCUCUCUGCUCCUGUGUGUGUGCGUGCCUGCACAGCCGCCUUGCACGCUCGCACUCACACACGUGCCACUGGCUCAAUGCUACUGCCAUAAUCCUACUCCCUCCCCUCUUUCCUUUUCCUUCCUUUUCUUUAUGAGAAAUGUAAAGGAAAAGUUUGGAAUACAGAGCUUUAUUUUACUUGCUUGAAAAUGAUUUUGCUACAUAAACUAAUAUACUGUGGCGAACUAUAUAUUUUUGUUUGGCCUCAUCACUAGAGCUUAUACUGCACAGGGUACAAGACAGAGUGGAACGUGUGAGUCUCCACAACAAAGUGGAGAAAAACAGGUUCCUCUCUCAUGUUAAAGUGUGUGGAUGUGUACAUACACACACAAGUACAUCAACAGAGACAUACAUAUAUAUAUUUAUAUAUAUAUAUGCAUACAAUAAAUAAAAUACACACAGGACAAGAACUCUGUUUAGUUUUAAUUCCAUCAGAAAAAUGCCAAUCUUAUGAAAAACAUAAAAUCCUGGAUUUUUUUUUAAUUACUAAGUCCCACUUUAAGUAUAAUUUUCUUUAGAAAAAAGAACAUGCACUUUCCUCUUGUGAAGAGGGUGAUGGCAACUGAUAAGACUUUGACUGUAUUUGAAUUUAAAAAUAAUAAAUAUUGACAAGCUUUAC